AUGGGUUUAUUCGCCGCAAUACUCGGUCUCAUUGGCACUGGUCAAAUUGCCUUUACAGGAUACAAUCUCUACCUAUCCUCAAUUGCAAUCCCAAAGCUCCUCUCCUACGAGGACAAAGCUGUAAAAGCUGCAAAAUAUUCAAAUAUCGCCGAGGAGCAAUUAUUCAAGACACGUACCACACAAGCUGCUAGCGUUGGAGCUCUCCUCCUAAGCUUUCUAACCGCCACUCCCUUUCUUCUCUCUCGCUACAGCAGUAGUACGAUCUUUGCCCUCUCGGCAGUCAAUCUCGCAGUUUUACUUGUAACAAGGGAAUACGUAGGAGAUUUCUGGAAGGGCAAAGCAAAAAUGCCAAUUCCAGGUACCGGAGAUUUCAACGAUGCAAUUGGGUUGACGAAUGAAAUUAGAGCGAACCAAGUGUUUUUGGCAAUAAGUUGGGUGGCUUAUGGAGUUUUGGGUUUGUUGGCAUAA